GUACCAUGUUGUUCAACUUGUCAGCUUAAUUCCCUUAUCUUCAACAAGUGUUACAUAUAUAAAUUGAUUGAUGUUUUGAAUAUGCAAAUUAAACAGAGGCAGACGGUGCGGCUUUUGGUAUUAUUGAUCGGAGGAUUGUACACACUCAUAUUUUUAAUCACUUUAUUCCCUUUGAAUGGAGUCCUACGCGUACAAGUUGUUGGUUGGAUUUGUGUAACCGUAGCAGUGGGUGUUUUUGCAGCACCUCUUAGCAUCGUGUUUCAAGUGGUUCGAACAAAGAGUGUGGAAUUCAUGCCUUUCACCCUCUCUUUCUUUCUUACUUUGAGUGCUAUCAUGUGGUUUGGUUAUGGACUCCUUCUAAAGGACUUGUGUAUUGCACUGCCGAAUGUGUUGGGUUUCUUUCUGGGAAUGAUUCAAAUGUUGUUGUAUGGAAUUUACCGAAACGCGAAGCCAUCGGUAGAUUUAGAGAAAAAAGUGUGUGAGCUCGUAAUAAACUCAGAACAGAUUCAUCCUCUUGAUUCCGAGGACAUUAAUUCCAACGAUGAACAAGGAAUUAACACGCCCGGAGUAGUCCCAGUAUCGAUGGCAAACAACAAUGAGAAUGAGGAGCGACUUGGCGAGCAACUAGCACAAGUGAACUUGCAGCCCCUUCAAACACCGGUGCUUGUGGUGUGUGCUGCAUGAAUUUUACUCUUUUAUUAUCUUUUAACAGUUUAUCUGCUUCUACGUUUCAUUGCUUUUUUUGUUUAUUUAUUUGUAAUUUAUAGUAUUAUAUAUUACCUACCUACCUACCACUUUCGGUUUCCAUUUCUCUGUGUAAAGAGGAAAAGAGAAAUAUUAUGAAUCAAAAGGCCGUUAAAUAUGUAUUAUUUACAUUUCAAUCCACGA